AUGGAGCCUAUUGCGGAUGUUCCACACCCCCUCUCCCAGAUCGAUGUGAGCCUUUCGGUUCCGCUCAAAUUCCAGCAGCAAAUAGUACAGGACCUCGUCACCGAAGAUGGAUUGCUCAUCCUUGGACGUGGCUUGGGCCUUGAAUCUAUCACAGCCAACCUUAUCCAUGUGCUCAGCGCGCCGAUUGUACAGCACAACAAGGUCCACAAACGCAGUCUCGUGAUCGUGCUCAACGCAUUUAAAGACGAGAACCACAAGAUUGCCGAAGAUCUCCGUGACUUGAGCUAUACGGAUUUUGAUAUUGGAGAAGAAAGACGGCCGUUUAUCGUACUCGGAGGCGAUGUAUCUACCACGCUGAAGAAACGACGGGAGAUCUACCAGCGUGGCGGGAUCAUUUCCAUCUCAUCCCAGAUUUUUGUGGUUGACUUGCUCUCGGAGAUUGUGGAUCCUAAUCUCAUCACAGGUAUCGUGCUCCUUCACGCCGAACGGUGCAAUGCCGACUCGAAUGAGUCAUUCAUCAUCAGUUUAUACCGCCAGAAAAACAGCUGGGGGUUCCUCAAGGCACUUACUGACCAUCCAGAAGCCUUGACCCACGGCUUCCUGCCGCUCCAAACUAAGCUCAAGGCACUCCAGCUCCACACAGCGUUUCUCUGGCCGCGCUUCCACGUAGAGGUUAGUCUGUCGCUCAAGGUGAACCUCGACCGGCGAAAGGACUUGACCGCUGAUCAGCGCCUUAGGGGAACGCUCACUGAGAUCAAGGUGAAAAUGACCGAUGCGAUGCGACGGAUUCAGAUCGCAAUUCUUGCGUGUAUCGAGGCACUAAUAGCUGAACUUCGGCGCCAAUGUCCGAUGCUUGUGACCGACUACUGGGUCAAGGAAAACGCGUUGGAUCCGGGGUUUGACCGCCAGAUCAGGCACCAGUUGAGCCCUCACUGGCACCGGCUCACGUUCACGGCGAAACAGGUGUGUGCGGACCUCUCCACGCUCACCGCCAUGCUUGACAGCCUUCUUAACAGCGAUUCUGUGGCGUUCUACCAAAUCACGCAAGAGAUCGUCCAGGCGAAUAUUAAGACUGUUGCACAGCCAAAUCCCACGCAAUCGCCAUGGCUUGAAAAUGAGGCCGCGGAUACCGUGACAUCGUACGCCACCAAAAGAGUCUUUGAAACCACGAGAGACCAGUUUACCGGCACGGUUGACGGCUACUUGCUCGAGGAGUUACCUAAGUGGGAACAGCUAGCGCUUUUGCUCGAUGACAUCAGCUCUGAAAGGGCUCAGAGCGACGGGCGCAACCCAGGUCCCACGUUGAUAAUGUGCUCAAGUGAAGCCGUUUCGCGGCAGUUACAGGCCUAUUUAUCGCAGGUAAGGCAAGUGGAUGUGGAUUCACAUGGAAAUAAAGUGUUUUCUGGAAGGGGAUACAUGGUGGGGCGGCUCAAGCAAUACAUGGGCUGGAAAGAGCUGCUUGUGCUGAUGGAUGAGCUAGCCGUGACCGAUGAGAAUCGGGAAGAGCUCCAGGUGUCAAAGACGUUCUCCAAGGGCAAAACAGGGUGCACGAAGCGGCGGAGAACGCGCGGCGGCAGUGCGGUGGCGGCAGUAGAGCGGCUUCAUAGAUCCACGGCAAUCGAGCCGGGAAAGCAGAUCGUCACGGAAGAGGUUAUCCGACAACUAGAGGAGUCGGUGCCGGAGCUGGAUUCAGAGGACGAAGUUCUUCCAUUUCUGGCGGUCGAGCGACUGGCACAGAUUAUUGUUCAGCGGUACCAGAACCGCACAGACGACGUAGUACUCCAAGAGCUAAUGCCAUCGUACAUCGUCUGUUAUGAGCCGGAUCUCGCGUUUCUUCGCCGGAUAGAGGUGUACCAGGCGAUCAAUCAGCACAGCCCGGCUAAGGUAUUUUUCAUGUACUACCAAGAUUCGGUCGAUGAGCAAAAACACUUGGCGAAGAUCAAGAAGGAGAAGGACGCGUUUACCCAGCUCAUCAGAGAGCGUGCGACGAUGGCACAGAGCUUUGCGACGACGGAAGAUAUAGCCAAGUCACGCGUGCGAAAGUCGCAGGUGAUGAAUACCCGUAUUGCGGGUGGAUCCACGUUCAGAGACCCAAAUAACGAAACUAGGGUGAUUGUGGAUACCCGUGAGUUCAAGUCGCCGUUGCCGAACUUUCUCCACCGGGUGGGAUUGCGCGUAAUCCCCCGGAUGAUCACGGUGGGGGAUUACAUCAUUUCCCCCAAGAUCUGUCUUGAGCGCAAGGCGAUUCCGGACUUGAUUCAGAGCAUGAGUAGUGGUCGCUUGUUUGACCAGUGCAAGCAAAUGUCGCGGUACUAUGAGUGUCCCACAUUGUUGAUUGAGUUUGAAGAAAACAAGAGCUUUUCACUCGAGCCAUUUGCUGAGCAGCGACUCACGCGCGAGAACCGCGCGCCAAGUGAGAUCUCUGCGCGCAUGUCGAAAAAGGACAUUCAGGUCAAGCUUGUCACGCUUUUGAUCGAAUAUCCGAAGCUUAAGAUCAUUUGGUCAUUGUCCCCUCUUCAAACCGCGGAGAUCAUCAUGCGUUUGAAAGCGAACCAACCCGAACCUGACGCGGACACGGCGCUCGGCAUGGGCGUGGAUCUGUCGAUCAGGACGGAGGACGGACCGCCGCAGCUCAACGAACAGGUGAUUGACUUGCUUAGGACUAUUCCGGGAAUAACGGCCGCGAACAUGCCCGCAAUCAUAAACAAUGUGAACAACUUGCGUGAGUUGGUGGAGAUGGAGGAGCCAAGAUUAGCCGCGUUAGUUGGCAAGGAAGCCGCAAACAAGGUAUACGAGUUUUUUAACAAAAAGGUAUGCUAA